AUCCUCUCAUUCUUUUGUGCUCUCCAAAGAAUAUACAAAACAAAAACAAUCAAAAUUUUUCCAUCAAAGUUUUUUUUUUGAAAAUUUGAUUAUCAAGAAAUAAUGUAAACUUCAAAAACGCACUGCGAAUACACAGGCGAUGGAACCAAGUCGCACGAGAGUUUGCAUUUGUUAUUUAAUAUCGACAUUUCUAAUUGGUUUCUUCAUCUACAUACUGGUCUCGAGCAAUUUGGAGAACAGUCGCAAACUCGGCCGACUGCGUGAGGAGGUCGACGAGAUAGCGCACGUGGUGCUGCACACGGCGCCGGGGCAAGGUGACACAAAGCACUUAAAUGAGAUCGUUGACGGCAUACUGAAGAAGCGGCUCGCCGGCAUCUGGGAUGAUUUGUACACGAUGAAAAAGCAGUUGCGUCUAACCGAAUGCGUCGGCCGCACGUCAACGGGCGCACGCACCAUGACGGCGGAGGGUGAGAGCGGCGCCUUAAUGGAGCGCACUAUGCCGGCGCGUAUCAAUUAUGCAGCGGAAGAGUUGGGCGCCAAGGUGCAGGAUGUAAACGCCGAGCCGCUGGAUGGUGGCAAUCUGGUGCGAUCAGUGCUCGGGCUGCAGUACAGCGCAAAUCCGCCUAUAAAUAUGCUAAAGCCCGGCAUGGAACCGGGCAAUUGUUUUGCUUUCAAGCGCGCCAAGGCGGUGGUGACGAUCAAGCUGGCGCAGGCGAUAUUUGUGGAGAGUUUCGAGUUGGAGCAUCUGUGCAAGGGCAAUGCGCCCAAUAAUGAUACAACGAGUGCGCCGAAGGAGUUUGAGGUUUACGGCAUCACAGCCACUUCAUGGAAGGAAGCGAAAAUUGGUGAUUUCACUUACACAAAUCAGCAUCCGCCUGCGCAGUAUUAUGAGGUGAAGACUGAAUGCAAAUACCUUUAUAUGCGUUUCAAGUUCAAGUCGAAUCACGGGCAUCCGGAAUACACCUGCGUCUACCGCAUUGCAGUCUAUGGGCGUAGCCAGAAGUGAGCAAUAGGUGACGCAUUUUCGAGUAGUCUUUAACUAAAUGACGACAGGUUUUGACACCAUCCACAUAUUUGUAGGUUUUAUCACUCAUAUAGGGUAUAUUAUAUACAUACGUACAUAUGUGCGGUAAAUAGUAUUUAUUACAACUUUUUUAUGGCGCAGGUAAAAUAUUUGUUAAAGAAAAUUGUUAACUUUUCGUGCUUACACUUAUGUUUGGUAUAUUUUUUACACUAUUACUAAAACAUACACUGAGAAAAAUAUUUUUUUGUUUUACAUAAGUGCUAUGUUAAUCGUAUUUUUUAUAAUUCUUGUAAUUUAUUCCGUUGAAAUAUAUUAAAU